CAUGCAGACGAGUGUGAAUUUGUGUCUGCUAUAAAGAAAAUAUAGAUAUUUUCUUUUAAUAUAUUUGUGUGUUAAUUGUUUGCUAAUUUGCCUAAAAACUAUUAAAAAUAUAGUGAAAAAGGAAUAUUUAACUACCUUCCUUUAAGUUUAUCUUGGCUGGACAUCAUGAAGUUUCGUGCUCUGAUGCAAGAUCCCGAAUAUAUGAAGGAAUUUCAAAAUAUUAUUUUAACAUUGUCCAAAUUAACCAAGGAAUGUGUCAUCGAUAUCUCAGCGGAUAAAAUGUAUUUUAUAGCCAAUGAGGAGUCUGGCACAACAGCACCUCUAGUGUGGGUGGAAAUAGAGGCUGGCUUAUAUUUUCCAGAAUACGAAUUAAAGCUGCAAGACGAUAGACAUCCUCACAUUAUGCUGGCCAUUUCACCGGCUAAUUUUAGUCGUGCCCUCACGCAUUUACGCUCCAAUGCUCGCACUUGCAAAAUGAAUUUAAUCAAUAUACAAUUCUCCUGUCUACGCAUUGAAAUUGAGGUGCCCUCACAAAGUUCCAAUAAUAUCACCAAAACAGUGCAUGAUGUGCCCGUUAGUGUGAUACCACGCUCCGAAUGGAAUUUCUAUGAGGUACCACAAAAACCCAAAUCGAAAAUAAUUUUAAAUGUACCCUCGAAUCGUUUGAUGCGUGGUCUCAUCGAUAAAGUGAAAAAUCUCUCGCCCACUAUUAUCUUUUAUGCCACUUCCAAUGGUGAGAUGAAUUUGGUGGCUGAAACUGAAAUGGCCACAAUUACCACUCAUUACAAGAAUUUGGAAAUCAAGGAAAUCGAUCCAUCUGGCAGAAGUGGCUCAAGCGAACAUGUUGAAGCUUCCUGUUCGGUGGAUUGUAAGAAGGCUUCUCUGUUCUUUACUGCACUCCAAGUGCCCACUUUAGAGCUAUCAUGUGGCAUAGAUGAUGAUCGUCUCAUACAUAUGGAAGUAGAUGUAAGACAGGGUAUUGCUAUACAUUCCAUACUGCCAGCCGUUUGUAUUUAAGUUUUCUUUACACUAUUUUCUCUUCAUCUGACAUUCAAUUGGCAUUUCCUAACAACAAUGUAUACUUACUUUUAUGGCUUUUUCGUUAUGUCUGUAUGUGGACAUUUUUUUUGUAUUUAUUUUCUACAUUUAUAUUCAAUAUUUAUCAAUAUCAAUAAAGUGGAAAAUAUAUUUAAUAUUUA